UAACAUAUUCCGAACAAAUUUAAAUCUCCACAAACGGGAAAGCAACUUGUGAAUUACGUUUUAUAAAUUGCUCUUGGCUUCGCAGCGUCUAGCUAUCAUUCUAGGGUUUAAAUUUCUUCUCUCCGUCUGAAUUCACCGGUCAUUUCUGUUUGAACGAGUCCCGGAAUUGGAACGCUGCUUAAUUUAUUUUAUUGGAAGCUUUCAGACAAUUUCAUGAACAUUGACAAACCUUUACGUUUUCCAUUUUCAUAGAGUAAUACUAUAAAGGCAGGAUGACAGAAGACAGCAAACAUUGUCAGCCAUCAUCUCACGGCAGGAAUUAUGGUUCUGGUUAUUCCAUUGAGAGCGAUCAAAGCAACCCAUUUCGUGAAUCACGAGCAACUGGUCACUUUAGGGGCACCCAUGAUGGCAAUACAUCCAAGCGCAGUGGCCCCUGGCAUCAAAACCAAGUGGGUCCACCCAGAGAAUUUAGACAAGGGAUACAUGACCAUCGUAGCAGAGAUAGUGCUAACCCAUAUGACCAAAUCUCAGGUCCCUGCAAUGUGCAAGACAGGAAAGCUCAUAAUGCCUUCUCUUCUCAAAGGGCCAGUAAUGCCCAAAUGGCCAGUGCCAACAUGGAUCGUUCUGGCGGGUGGCUAGAUGACGACAGCUUUGUACGUCCAGAAAAUACCUCUCAUGCUUCUGGCUAUACAAAUUCACAAAAGCAUCUACAUUCUAAAUAUCAUGUCAAAGAUAAACAUCAAUUCAUCGAAAGGCCAGAGCAGUUUAAUAGAAGUUCGUACAAGGAUAACCGCAGUCUUCAAUUUCAGGAAAGCAAUACAAGGCAAAAUGCAGAUUACAGCGAGAAGUAUGGUGCUACUUCCCAUAAUUCUAAUUUUAGAGGCUCAGCUGAUAAACAAAUCAGUUCAACAAAUAAUUUUAAAGAGACUUGUUAUGGCAAUGUAAAUCUCACAGAGGAUGAAGAGGAAGAGGACGACGACGACGACGACAAUGAUAGUGAUUCUGAAAAAGAUCUGGCUAUAAAGAAGGUGCAUCAGAAACUGUUGCCCAAAGUUAAAGAGGUCGUAGACAAGAUAUGCGGGUCUUCCAAGCCAAGCCUUGUUGGUAAUAUUGAAUUGUCAUGCUUAGUUUGUUCUCCACUCCAGUAUUUCAAAGGAUGGAAAGCAGUGUUGGCCCAUGCCCAAAAUUUUAGGAAAAAAAAGGUAAUUCAACACCGUGGCUACUAUCUAGCUCUUGAUAGUGUCCUUAAGGACAAGGAGGAGCACGGAGAAGGGCAAGACCAGGAAAUGCCAUCUGCUGCUCGUUCAGCCCUCAUUGAUCUAAAUCUCUCAGAAAGCCAUCUCAUAGUGUGGCCACCUGUUGUAGUUAUAGAAAGCAGUGACUCAAAAUCACAAUUGAGUCGAGGCAAUGCAACUUCAAAAGAGACUCAUAUAAAUCAAGGCGAAAUAAAAAAGGAAGAUGUGAUGAUUCAGACCCUGCUUUCUCAAGAGUUGCAAGGUCUUCCUUACAAAGAUAUUAUUGUCUGUGAAAGAAACCGAUUCCUCAUCUUGUUUGAUGCAUCCUCCGUGGGUUAUAUGGAAGCCAAAGUAAUGAAUGACAGACUACGUGAGGGUAAACGUGGGCGGGAAGAUUGGCUGCGCUUUAUGGACCAUGGAGAUUCCUUUCUCUCCACAAAAUAUUAUGGAAUAACAUCAUUGCUGUUUGGUUAUUUGGCUGAACCGGCAGAUAUGAGGGUCAUUGAUCCAAAUAGGACCAUUGUCAAAGAUUGGUCAGAAGAGAGCUAUUGUGAGAAAGUGCAAAGCGCAAAUAAGAGAAUGAAACAGGAACAUGCACAUAAACAAGCAAAACUUAAAGCUAUGGAGUUGGAAGUUGUAACACUGUCCGAAGAGGAGCAAAAUAUCAAGAUACAGAGGAAAUCAAUAUCUUGGCAAAUACAGAUGAAAGCUAAGCAAAUUGAACAACAGCAAGCUCUAACUUGUGUAAUGCAGGAACGUUUUACUGAAGAGGCUAGGAGAUUACAUGAAAUGUUUGAGGCAGGUGUGUCUAGAGUGGAUGAAGAAGGCUCUUCUAUAGAGAGAGAGCUCAGGGAGCAACUAGAGAGAGAUGAGAAGUUGCAUGAAAAAGAAAGGAAUUUUCGGAUGAAGCAAAUUCAUAUGCGUCAUCAAGCAUUACAAGAAUUGAAAAAGGGGAACGAAAAGCUUGUAGAAGAAAAAGCAUUGGCUAGGGAGAGUGAAAUAAUGAGCAAACGGGAAAAAUUUAUGGCAGCAGCACGGAAAGCUGAGACUGAUUUUAAUGCAGAGAUUCAGAGGUUGGAGUCAUCAUUGCAAGCUGAGCAACAAGAGGAGAUGGCAAAACUUGCUGAAGAAAGUGAACGUGAAAAAGAUGAUUUCUACAGAGAAUGGGAGAAAGAAAAUGAAACCAUUAGAAAAGAAUUUGACAAUCUUGGGACAAACAAGGAACAGAAAAACGAGGAACAAAUACAUAAGGAGAAUGAGAAGGCUCCAGAAUGUGCAAUUUGCUGGGAGUGUCUCACAUCAGACAAUAGAGCUUUAUUAACUCCUUGUGGUCAUACACAAGUGUGUGUUGGAUGUGCACAGGCAGUCUUCAAAACUACAAAAGAGUGCCCCCUUUGCAGGCAAAAGAUUACAAAGAAGCCCAUGCAAUGUCCAAUGUCACUGCUUGAUGCAUCACUCAAGGUUGAUUCCAAGAAAAAUGAGGAACAAAUAUAUUAUUACAUUUUAUGGGAUGUCGUUUGCAGGCACCAGAGUGUUCAAUUUGCUGGGAGUGUCUCACAUCAGAAAACAGAGCUUUGCUAACCCCUUGUGGUCAUACACAAGUGUGUGUUGAAUGUGCACAGGCAGUCUUCAAAACUACAAAAGAGUGCCCCCUUUGCAGGCAAAAGAUUUUAAAGAAGCCCACACUAUGCCCAAAGUCAUUGCUUGGUUCUUGAUAAAUCUUAAUAUGUUUUUCUCAGCAAUUCUUGAUUAUUCUUUAUUGCGAGGCAAAGCAAUGUGCUGGUCUAUAAUCAUAGUUAUGACGAAACAUAUGAUUUGUAGAUAAAUAUUAGCAAACUUAUGUUGUUUCAGGUCAGUUGGAAAAUAAUAUUUGCUAGAAUGAAAAUUUCAAAAUUUUACUUGUAUCUAAUAACCAACAUUAGUAGUCAUUCAUUUUGAAGGGAUCGAUCUCAUCCCUAUUGCCCCAAUUUACUGGGAGCAUGGCACUGAAAUCAUUGACUGAUCUUCUAACAGCUUUAACAUUGUCUAAUUGCUUUUUAAAAACUUAGCUGGUGAGGAACAUUUCAUGAUCACCUGUUAGAGAU